GCACGUGAUCACGUCAACAUUGUUGAAAUGGCGCCAUCUACGCCAUCUAUGCAUUCAAGAAGCAACAUCGGCCUGCCACUCGCAAAUUCGAAGACCAGGAAGCACCCAACCGAGUAAAUUUGGACUCUAAGCGGGGCCGUUCAGGAGAGCUGCUGAGUCUGACAUCGAUCUUCCUUUCCCCACUUUGCGGAAACCGGCAUGGAGGGGUAACCUUGAUUAUCAACCUGAAUGAUAUCUUCCCUUCAAAGGAAUGCCGCUCUCCGGAAGUGAACCCUUUGCCUUUCGGCAUUUGAUGAGAUACAUUUUCCAUCGAUUUUUGCCCAAUUUGAGAAAUAAUCAGGUAUCAAUAUUCUCACAAUGUCACAAACCCAAGUUGAGUCAUCUUCGUCGAGUGUAUUGGGCAGAAUACCGCAGUACACACAGGUCCCAGAGACUACCCAUGAGCUGGACUGGGCCGACUUGGCCACGCUUGAUCUCUCAAAGUUUAACGAGCUUGGUGGAAAGGAGGAACUUGCAAAACAGUUGCACAAUGCAAUCGAGCAGAUUGGCUUCUUUUAUGUUGUCAACUUUGGACUUAGUCAAGAGGAGGUUGAUCGUCAAUUUGCCAUAGGGAAAGAAUUCUUCAAUCUGGAUACCGAAGAGAAAUUGAAAUACCGAGCGGAUUUAGAGAACGGCGGGUACAAUGGAUAUAAGCCACUUGGCCUCCGUGAAAUCGCUCCUGGUCAAUUCGACAACACUGAGAUCUAUAACAUCCCGAAGUUCAUUCCUCAAUACGAGAGACUUCAUCCAACUUUAAUCAAAGAUAACUGGGAGGAAAUCGAGAAGUUCGGUCGCUACAUGCACGAUGAGGUCGUCGGGAAGUUAUUGGUUCUGUUUGCUAUCAUCCUGGAACUACCGGAAGAUUAUUUCCUGACGAAGCAUCGAUACUCGGAGAAGAGUGAUUGCCAUCUUCGAUACAUGAAAUAUCAUGCCAGGACGCCAGAAGUUAACGCCAAGCUCAACAACGUUUGGGUGAAAGGCCACACCGACUUCGGUAGCAUGACACUCCUAUUUAGGCAACCCGUCGCUGCACUGCAAGUACGAACUCCACAGGAGACCUGGAAAUAUGUCAAGCCAUAUCCGGCCAGUAUCACAGUGAACAUCGCGGACUCUUUGUCCUUCCUCACAAACGGAUACUUAAAAAGCAGCAUCCAUCGCGUCGUCGCUCCGCCCCCAGAUCAGGCACACCUCGAUCGACUUGGUGUCCUGUAUUUCGUCCGCCCAGAGGAUGAUCUUGAGCUCAAGACCGUGAAGAGCCCUCUACUCGAGCGACUUGGUCUUCAGAAAGAUGCUGAGGGGGCAAUCUUGACUGCUGGCGAGUGGGUAAAAGCCCGCGUGGCUAAGAAUGUCAACAAGACUGGCCAAUCGGCGAAGGAAGGUGCUGAGACUGAGAUUAUCAAAGGUGUGAAGGCCAAAUAUUAUGAUUAGAGUGGAAAAUUCAAUUCGUCUUGAAGUAGAAAAUUG